AUGCGUCCCCCUGUCUUUUCCCCCCCCAUUCCUCCUCCUCCUCUCCCUCCUCCUUGUUCCCCCAACACCAGGCCUGCUGCCGCGCUCGUGCCCUCGCAGCCUCACAUCAUCUCUAAUGACAAACUGCGUUCAGAGCUCAGGAACUCCCACAUCCGCUCCUCCCUCUCCUCUUUCUCAUCCUCUUCAUCCCUCUCCUCCUCCUCAUCCUCUUCAUCCCUCUCCUCCUUCUCAUCCUCUUCAUCCUUCUCCUCUUCCUCAUCCCUCUCCUCCUUCUCAUCCUCUUCAUCCCUCUCCUCCUUCUCAUCCUCUUCAUCCCUCUCCUCCUUCUCAUCCUCUUCAUCCUUCUCCUCUUCCUCAUCCUCUUCAUCCUUCUCCUCUUCCUCAUCCUCCACAUCCUUCUCCUCCUACUCAUGCUCUACAUCCUUUUCCUCUUCCUCCUCCUCUUCAUCCCUCUCCUCCUUCUCAUCCUCUUCAUCCUUCUCCUCUUCCUCAUCCUCUACGUCCUUCUCCUCCUUCUCAUCCUCUUCAUCCCUCUCCUCCUUCUCAUGUUCUACAUCCUUUUCCUCUUCCUCAUCCUCUUCAUCCCUCUCCUCUUCCUCCUCCUCUACAUCCUUCUCCUCCUCCUCCUCCUCUUCAUCCCUCUCCUCCUUCUCAUCCUCUUCAUCCUUCUCCUCUUCAUCCCUCUCCUCCUUCUCAUCCUCUUCAUCCCUCUCCUCCUUCUCAUGCUCUACAUCCUUUUCCUCUUCCUCAUCCUCUUCAUCCCUCUCCUCCUUCUCGUCCUCUUCAUCCUCUUCAUCCUCUUCAUCGACGCCCCAUGUAGCUACCUGGAGUGUUCAACACACUGUGACCCGUGAGCUGAGAGUUCGAGGCCAGAAAAGAGAAAGAAAUGAAACGGAUCCAGAGAUGCGGAGGCUGAAUCACACGCUGCAGCGCUGCAGUCUGAGGAGCAGCUGCGUCCCUGAGGCGCUACUAAACUCCUCAGCCAGAGUGAUUCUUCAGCACACUGCCUCGUAUCACCUGCGUGCACAACAACAAGUCCUCCUGCAGGAUGAACCCAGAGCUCAGUCUCUCAGUGAACCCACCUGCCCCGCUACAUCCGUCUCCACUGACACGACCAGGAAUUCCACAACAAGCACACACUCGCGCACACCUCCAGCUAACGAGAGGCCCUGA